UUCUAGUUUUUGAUAUUCGAACGUAAGCUCCCGUCUCCAGAGUUCAGACUCCCGGACUCUCUAGAACCCGCGCGCAAUGGCGACAUCAACCAAAGCCGAAAUCGGACGACCGAACUCGUCGUCUUCUUCGUGAAACGCACAAAUAUUUAAGUUAGCUUAGCCUUCUAAGCAUAUUGAUGCUGCAAUUUUGGCUGAGCACGAGAGAAGAUAGAGAAGCAGCAAAGCAAGGGAAUCAACCUUUUUCCCUCAAGAAAUUAUUGUAGGAUGAUUUCCAAUUCAACUACAAAACAAAGAGGAAGGGGCCAGAAUAAGCGUUUCUGGACAACCAAGGAGGAUUCUGUAUUAGUCGAAUCUUUGCAAGAAUUGUAUCACGACACCAAAUGGCGAUCUGAAAAUGGAUUCAAAAAUGGUUACUUGACCCAGAUAGAGGCUAUGAUGGAAGCCAAAAUGCCGGGUUGUGGAAUACAGGCCUCUCCCCAUAUCGAAUCACGAGUUAAAACUUUGAAGAAAAAGUAUCAUGCCUUGGCGGAGAUGUUAUCUCAAAGUAAGUUUGGUUGGAAUGACAAUGAAAUGAUGUUGGUUUGUGAAAGAAGGGUAUAUGAUGAAUGGGUCCAGAAAAGAAAGUAUGCAAGUGGAUUGUAUAGUAAGCCAUUUCCAUACUACUAUAUGUUGGGGGAGAUAUAUGGAAAAGCUCGUGAAGUUGGUGCAUAUAUUGAUAAUGCUGAUGAUGACCAAGAGGAAUUUGGACAGGAGGAUGAGGAUGCAAACAUUGAUCAAAUUCUAGGCAUGAACGAUGAUGAUGCUGCUGGAAAUCUGAAUCUGAAUGUUGAUAUGAAUGUGGAAUCACAAUCUGAGGGGUCAGAAGAGUUUGACGUAUCAUACACACUUGGUACCCCAAGUGCCCAACAAAGAAGACCUACAGAAAGUGCCCCAAGUGUUUCAGAUCAUGGUCGUAGGGUGAAAGCAAAGGUUAUGGAGGAGAUGAGUAAGAACGUAAGCACAAUGUCAUCUAAGAUUGAUGCUCUUGUUAAUAUUUUUUCAAUUGAUAAGGAAGUGGCUGAAUUGCAAGCGAAACUUGAUAGUGAGUUGAACAAGAUUGACGGCCUUACAGAAUUUCAAGUCUUUCGAGCCACAAACAUUUUAGCUCGUCAACAUGACCUGCUGAGAGUGUUCUUCGGCAUGUCCGAGGAAAGGAAACAGACAUAUGUUACAUAUCUGUUGGAACAUGGCGUAUGAUAAAACAUAGGUUAUAUUGCACUUCUUUUUCGUUACAUGGGAAGGGAUCAAAGCACAUAUUUAGUCUUCUUAUCUAGUCAGCUAUGAUUAUAUUAUGUGAUAAACCACAUGGUUACAACUUGUUUUGGUUGCUUAAUUAGUCAGUA